GCAGCGGCGCGAUCCAGUCACACAUCAGCGAAGCCGGGCUCGUCCGCCGGCGCGGACCUGAGGUCGCUCGCUCUUUCCUUUCUCCCUUAGGAAACUUCUCGAGCUCGCGCCUCUCCCGGCCCCGCAAGCGCGACUUCUUUUACGCGCCUUCUCUUAGCCCGCUGCCCGAGAGGGAUCCCCUCAGCGGACGCAAAGGGAGCCUUGCUCUUUUUCUCCCACCGAGCCUGGAGGCGAAGGGGAUCGCGCGACCUCGCUCCCCACCCGGGCUGUGCGCGAAGGGGUUUGGGAGAAGCUCCCCUGCCAGGUCUCGGCACGCCCCCGCCGCGGCCAGACUAUUUGUAGGAGUCGCCCAGAGCGGAUCCUCGCGCAGUUGGGCGGCCGGAGGAGGAAUCCAUCCACCACCUCGGGGAAGAAAGCGGGCUUUGAAGCGGGAGGUUUUGUGUGUGGGUGGGGAGAGGAUGUCUCUGGGCUGCGGCCGCGGCUCUGGGAAGAUGCUGCUGCCUCCGUCCGCUCUGCUGCUUGCCCUGGCCGGGCUGCUGGCUUCCUGGGCGCCACUGGCGCGGGGCGCGGCUUGCGAGCCGGUGCGCAUCCCUCUGUGCAAGUCUCUGCCCUGGAAUAUGACCAAGAUGCCUAACCACCUGCACCACAGCACGCAGGCCAACGCCAUCCUGGCCAUGGAGCAGUUCGAAGGGUUGCUGGGCAUCCACUGCAGCCCGGACCUGCUCUUCUUCCUCUGCGCCAUGUACGCGCCCAUCUGCACCCUCGACUUCCAGCACGAGCCCAUCAAGCCUUGCAAGUCCGUCUGCGAGAGGGCCCGGGCCGGUUGCGAACCAGUCCUCAUCAAGUACGGCCACGCCUGGCCGGAUAGCCUGGCUUGCGACGAGCUGCCGGUUUACGACCGAGGGGUCUGCAUUUCCCCCGAGGCGAUCGUCACAGCCGAGGGAUCCGAUUUCCCUAUGGAUUCUAAUAAUGGGAACUGUAGAGGCACCAAUGCCGAGCGCUGCAAAUGCAAGCCUAUAAAAGCUACCCAGAAGACCUACCUUCGGAACAAUUACAACUAUGUUAUUCGGGCUAAAGUUAAGGAAGUAAAAACCAAAUGUCAUGAUGUCACUGCAGUGGUUGAAGUAAAGGAAAUUUUAAAAUCUUCAUUGGUGAACAUUCCUAGGGACACGGUCAAUUUAUAUACAAACUCUGGCUGUCUUUGCCCACCACUUAAUGCUAACGAAGAAUAUAUCAUCAUGGGCUAUGAAGAUGAGGAACGUUCUAGACUACUCUUAGUGGAAGGCUCCAUAGCUGAAAAAUGGAAGGAUCGUCUUGGUAAAAAAGUGAAGCGCUGGGACCAGAAACUCCGUCAUCCUGCCAAAGGCAGAAAUGAACCUGGGCAAAGUGAUUCUGCUCCCAAAUCUGGGAGAAACACCAAUCCACGACAAAGGCGCAACUGAGAUGAAAAAUGCUUUGAGGCCAAAACUAAUCCGUGGACUUGUAUAAAUUAAAAGACUUGCCUUCUUGAAGCAGCAAAAGAGAAAUUGCACUAUUGCACGUUGCCUUUUAUUGUUUACUAUGAGUUCAUUCUGUAGCCAAUGUUAGUUGUUGUUGUUUUUUCUUCCCUUGUUUUUUUGUCUCUUGCAUUGUGCAGGAGUACAGACACUUGGAAAAGAAAGGUAUAUUAUAUUCACAAACAUCUAUCUGUGAAUUACAUUGACAAACAUUUUUCUUUCUUUGAAUGGCCAAAUUGAUUUUAUGAUAAUUGUUUGUAUACAGUUCUUUCGGUCUAGAAUGCCACAAAUACUUUCUUUAUAUGCAUAAACAAGUUGCCUGAAAGGACAUUUUUUUUAAAAAAUGAAUCCAGCAAUUCUUAGGUUGUAUUAAGAAACAUAAUCCAAAUUUCCCUGUAGUUAUAAAGAAGAAUGAGGUAAAUGUGAAGUUUUUUUUUUUUGUUUGUUUGUUUUUGUUUACAUUUAUACCCCGCCCUUCUCCGAAGACUCAGGGCGGCUUACAGUGUAUAAGGCGGCUUACAGUGUAUAAAGUAUAUCAGGACCUCACAUAUUAAGAAAAAUUAAGAUUUUAAUGGGCCUUUUCUAAUAGAAAUAAAACGUCAAAAGGCAAAUAAGUUCUAAAAGUUGUUAUCUGGGAAACACAAACUAUUUUUACAAUUGGCAAGUGGAAAAAUUGAUCAAUUUUAAAGAGUUUGCCCCCUUCUCCUUAUUCAUAUUGAUACUCUUUAUGGCAGGCUAGAUUAUGCAAAGAGAUUAUACCAAGAGAAUCCAGCCUUUUAGAGUAGGUUUGCUAAUAAAUGUCAAUUCCGCUUCAAUAAACCACUUAUAUGAAGCUUUGUUUUAAAACAUUAGCCAUGACAAAGACCGCACCAAGGACUUACUUUUGAAAGUCUUCAUCCUUCUGGGAAAAGUUGUAUAGAAUUGUUAAAAUCGUGCCCAAAGAUGCCCCAUACUUUUCUUCUGUUAACACGUCUCCCUCCUUUUCAUUGUUGCUGCCGAGUCAUAGGAACACAAGCGGUCUUCUUCAGGCCUCCAUCUCAGCGUAGAUCUGCAUUUUAUCAUUUCAGGCUGUCCUUUUGAUUGUAUUUCACUAUCAAUAUGCAACUGGAAUGUUUAAUGGUCAAUGUUAGGGAUCUGGAUGAAUGCUUCUGAGAAAGCUGAAAGGGUGAUCCUUCAGCUAUUAUUGGACUAAAACUUCCUACCAUGUUGACUGUGGACAAUGGGACUCUGAGCCUAACACUGCUGGAGAACCAUAGGAUCUUCACCCUUACCAGUAACAACUAAGAGCAUCAACGUCUUUGCAAUCAGCGGACAUUUUAAAUAACUUACAAUGCGUAUUUCUAUUCAACAAGUGCCAACAGAUCAUCCUAAUGAUCAGAACUUUUAAGUCUUUUGUAGCAGUGCCAAUAGCUUGAAGUUGUAAUUCUUAUCUUUCUCCUUCUCUGAAUUGAAAUAAAACAAUUAUUUUAGCAAAAAAAGAAAUGGCAUGUCUUUCUUUGGCAUGUAAUAGUGUGGUGGUUUCAUUCAGAAAUUAAAUUUAAUUUAAA